GGCAAGCCUGGAUGGCCCUUUUUGCUCAAAGGGCAGCAAUUGGGCUGGCAGUAUCAUGAUGGGCUCCCUGUGGCCGACGUGAAAGCGGCCGAAGCGUGAAAAUGUGGCAGUGGAGCUGUACAAGUACGGCGAACCCCACGAAGGCUGACAGGAGCACGCUCAGGGCAAGCGAGCUCCAAACCGGUGGGACUAUUUAUAUGACGUGAUUGACGGCUGCUUUUAUGGCCUUGCCACUUGGACCCCUCUUCAACUUUUCAGCGAUUCCUCAUUGUAGCUGGCUGCAAGCAGAAUCUACUUCCACGAUACAUCCACGUUCAAAACAAUACAUCAUGGCCGAAGAACUAUCAAAGAACUUCGAGACGCUGCAGUUGCACGCCGGUCACACACCAGACUCGGAAACCAACUCACGCGCUGUGCCCAUCUACGCGACUACUUCAUACACCUUCAAUGAUAGCGCGCACGGGGCCAGGUUGUUCGGGCUGAAAGAAUUUGGCAACAUCUACAGCCGUAUCGGCAAUCCCACUGUUGGAGUUCUCGAGGCCCGUAUCGCAGCGCUCGAAGGCGGUGUUGGAGCUCUAGCAACUUCCUCCGGCCAGGCCGCCCAAUUCAUCGCCAUUACCUCCCUCGCACACGCCGGAGAUAACAUCGUCUCGACCACAAAUCUCUACGGAGGCACAUACAACCAGUUCAAGGUCUUCUUCCCCCGACUGGGUAUUCAGACGAAGUUCGUCAACGGUGACAAGCCAGAGGACUUCAAGGCUGCAAUCGACGACAAAACAAAAGCUAUCUAUAUCGAGUCCAUUGGUAACCCCAAAUACAAUGUACCAGAUUUCGAGAAGAUCGUUGCCAUCGCACACGAGGCUGGCGUACCGGUGGUUGUAGAUAAUACCUUCGGCGCAGGUGGAUACUUCAUCCGCCCCAUUGAUCAUGGCGCGGACAUCGUCGUUCAUUCCGCAACAAAAUGGAUUGGCGGCCACGGAACAACAAUCGGUGGUCUCAUCGUCGACAGCGGCAAGUUUGACUGGGCCAAGCACGCUAAGCGCUUCCCUCAGUUCAACGACCCAUCAGAGGGCUACCACGGCUUAAAGUUCGUAGACACUUUUGGCGCAAUCGCUUUCAUCAUCCGUGCUCGUGUCGAGGUCCAGCGUGAUCUUGGUGCGGCACUCAACCCCUUUGCAGCUCAGCAGCUUCUGCUUGGUAUCGAGACACUCAGCCUGCGCGCCGAGCGUCAUGCAUACAAUGCCCUCAAGCUGGCCAAGUGGCUGGAGAGCAACAAGAACGUAAGCUGGGUAUCGUACCCUGGUCUUGAAAGCCAUCAGUCGCACCAGCUUGCGAAGAAAUACCUAACCCGCGGUUUCGGAGGUGUUCUCUCCUUUGGUGUCAAGGGCGGCGGCGCUGCAGGAAGCCAGGUCGUUGACAACUUCAAGCUCAUCUCCAACUUGGCGAACGUGGGUGAUUCGAAGACGCUUGCUAUUCACCCCUGGACGACCACGCACGAGCAGUUGAGCGACGAGGAGAAAGAGGCAUCCGGUGUCACUGAGGAUCUCAUCCGCAUCUCAGUUGGAAACGAGCACAUCGACGAUAUCAUCGCGGACUUUGAGCAGUCCUUCGCAAAAUCUGCCACCAAGCCUGAUCAGAAGGGCGAGCCUGACAAUGCCGGAAAGACCGGUGAUACUGAGGUCUCUGCUUCCAUCUCUGGGUCUACCUAGGCUGAAGACUAUCAGUCUCCGCCAGAAGCACAUCUGUAGAUACCAUGCUCAUUCAUUGCUUUCUAUCCAAUAUCCUCUGAAUUCUGACACAACCUUGGUUUUCGGAAUGGGAAGAUCCUUUCCUUCUCGCUUAGUCGUGUAGCACGCGUGCUCUUUCUUGGAUGGAAUAAUUAGCUUCCUCCACCGUGAACAAAUGUGCACUGUAAUCAUACGCCAACUGCCUUGAAGCAAUCCAUCGGCUUCAACCCCUCUCGAGAUUGAAAUGCAA